AUGAUUAUCUCAAAUAUUCUCGGGUUGAAGCAGUCGCCCGUGGUUUUGGCGAUCGAGAAGGGCUUGGCCGACGCUCGGAUCUACACCGAGAACUCAAUCUGUAAGCGAAACGAGCAGAUUGACUACCUCAACUUCUCCUCGAGCCUAGACCUGUUGUCGCCCACUGCAACACGAAAUAUUGUUAAAUCCCUCGAGUCAUCUCUUAUUCUCAAUCCCACGAAAGGCCCGUCCCAAAUUCGAGAAGCUACUGGUCACAUUAAAGAAACUAAUUGUGCCAACAGUGUUAAAGCAAUGCAUAACCUUUCUGAGUUGCUUAUGUUUCAUCUUUCUGUUGAGUCAUGCUCUAUGAAUAAAGAAAAUAUAGACUCAAGAGCACAAUCAUCAACCUUAAUUAUUGCUGCAUAA